UAUGGGAGGUGGGGGGGUGACCAGGGAAGGCCUCCCGGAAGGUGACUUUUGAGUCAAGGCUUAAAGGAAGUGGGGCAGUGAAGCAUAAGGCUAUCUGGAGGAAAGAACAUUCCAGGCAGAGGGAACAAGAGGUAGAGCAUGUCUGGUGGCCAUACUCAGAUUCCCCUACUCAGUGGCACCUCUGAGGUGACACAGGCAGUCAAGAGUAGAGAAACAGUAAGAAGAAACAAAUAAAACAUUUAAAACCACAGAGCCACUAAACUUACCACGAAGCCCGAUUUCUGCCUCUUUUACUUCAACACUUCCCCCUACCAUUUUCUGGGGCUGAGUUCCAAGAUCUGGGUGCUGCCAGUCAUUAGCUCAUUUAAUCUUUACAACAGCCCCACAAAGUGAGAACUGCUCAUCAUUCCCCCCUUAUAGACAAGGAAACUGAGUACAAAGACGCUAUGUAACUUGCCCAGGGUCACAAAGCUACUAUCUUCUCCACCUCCCAUAAGCCCUUGCAAGGCAGUGGCCAGUGAUAGGGCACUUGAACUCAGGAAAGCUGGGUCCAAACCCCAGCUUGGUUAGCGCUAUGUUCCCUUGACCUGAAAGGGAGGCGUUUGGAGUAUUCAGUUUCUCUACACCAGAAUCCUCACUGUGGUCAUUGAGUGUUGGAAUAAGGUGAUGCGGAUAAAAUGCUUAGCACUACACUUUGCACAUAAUAAGUAUUUCAUAAAUGGCAGCUACAGAGACCAUGAUGAUGAUGAUUCUUGUUGAUCUCCAAUGGCCAGUCCAGCUUUGUAUCUUUGUGGUUCUAAGAAGCCCUGUCAGGCCUUGUUCAAGUAUUGUAGCAGUCAGGGUAGGCACAAAGCAUGUUGUAUAUGGUUGUGCCCGUGAGCAGGGCUGGCCAAGGGGGUGAACGGAGACUGGAAUCGAACCUUGACUUUGCUCACCUGUGCAGGCUGCUACCUCCUGGAGGAAGGGGCCUUUCUUCUAAUUUUCAGAAAAGCACCAGAUGGGCUAUUGGUGCCCUAGUGUGGGCCUUCGUUGUGGUAUGGUGAAGUCAUCAGGAACACAGGCUUUGGAGCCAGACUUCCUGGGAUCAGACCCCAGCCUUUCUACUAACUGGUCAUAUGUCCUUGGGCAUCUCUAGCAUCUCUGAACCACAGUCUGUCAUUUUAAAGUGGGGAAGCUAACUGUUACCUUUCAGAGUAGUGAUGAGGAGCAAAUGAGAUGCUAUUAAUACAAAUAAGGCACAGAUUCUUGGGGUCCCAGUGGGCCAGUGGCUGUCAUGGAAGGGAGUGGGAGGCCUGAACACCAGCCAUGGGAUUCCCAGGAUUCCCAAACUGUCCACAAUUCAGCAGCAGACAGGAAAGCACUUGAUCCAGUAUCUGAUCUGUGCCUGACAGUCAGGGUUGUUAAAACUUUUGAAUAUCACCCCUGUUUACUAUCUUCCUUCUUCUUGUCCAGGAGAGAUGUCAGAAAAAUCUUUUGGGGCAUGUGAGAUGCGGCAUGUGUGAGGGGAAGGCCUUUGAGUCCAGACAGUAUGCGUGAUAAAUGGGAAAAGAACAUUUUUCAGGGAAUUGUAUGAGGGACUCCUGAUGCAGGAUACCUCUAGAGACAUGUGUGACCCAUGGCAUUUGGAAGGAUGCCCCCAAAGAGAGGAGAGAGCGCUCAAGCUUCGUGGAGGGUGGAUGAGAAGGACCCAAGAGCUCUGCUCUCAGGUCAGCAGGCCUCGAUCUGUGAACAGACCUCACCUGUCAUUACCAGAAAGAACAGGCCCAGCAGAAGGGACUCGCUGAGCCACCGCCCGCUCUGCUCCAUGUUGGCUGUGCUCUCAGGCUGGCGCCAUGCCCCCUCCCGCAGAGGUGACGGACCCGUCUCACGCCCCUGCCGUCCUGCGCCAGCUCAAUGAGCAGCGGCUCCGUGGUCUCUUCUGUGACGUCACCCUCAUAGCUGGAGACACCAAAUUCCCAGCUCACCGCAGUGUCCUGGCUGCUUCAAGUCCCUUUUUCAGAGAGGCUCUGCUUGCUUCAGCCCCACUGCCCCUCCCACCAGUUACUGGGGGCUCAGCUGCCAACCCUGCUGCCACCACAGCUGCUUCUUCCUCCUCCUCUUCUUCCUCUUCUUCUUCCUCCUCCUCCUCCUCUUCUUCCUCUUCUUCCUCUUCCUCUCCCCCUCCAGCCUCUCCCCCUGCUUCAUCCCCACCCCGAGUCCUGGAACUUCCAGGGGUCCCAGCAGCUGCCUUUUCUGAUGUCCUCAACUUCAUCUAUAGUGCCCGGCUCGCACUACCUGGUGGCGGAGGGGACGGGGCAGCUGUAGCAGAGAUUGGAGCUUUGGGACGGCGUCUGGGCAUCUCUCGCCUACAGGGCCUGGGGGAGGGAGGCGAUGCCUGGGUCCCUCCCACCCCAGCCCCCAUGGCCACCUCACAGCCUGAAGACGACAGCUUCGGGCCUGGGCCUAGGCCAGCUGUGGAGUGGGAGGGAGACAGGGCUGAGGCCCAGGCCCCUGACUUACAGCCCCCAUUGUCCCGGCGGCCCCUCCCCUGCCCCCGAUGUGGAAAAAGCUUCAUCCAUCCCAAGCGGCUGCAGACCCAUGAGGCCCAGUGCCGACGGGGGGCCAGCACUCAGGGGUCUACAAGGCUGGGGACCGGGGGCUCUGGCCCCGGUGGUCCUGCAGGAGUGGAUGCCUCAGCUCUGCCCCCACCCAUGGGCUUCCGAGGUGGCCCCGAGCACGUGGUGAAGGUGGUGGGCGGCCACGUGCUGUACGUGUGUGCGGCCUGCGAGAGGUCCUAUGUGACGCUGUCCAGCCUGAAGCGGCACAGCAACGUGCACUCAUGGCGGAGGAAGUACCCCUGCCGCUACUGCGAGAAGGUGUUCGCCCUAGCUGAGUACCGAACUAAGCACGAGGUGUGGCACACCGGGGAGCGCAGGUACCAGUGCAUCUUCUGCUGGGAGACCUUUGUCACUUAUUAUAACCUGAAGACCCACCAGCGAGCCUUCCAUGGCAUUAGCCCGGGCCUCCUAGCCAGUGAGAAGACACCCAAUGGAGGCUACAAGCCCAAGCUCAAUACUCUCAAGCUGUACCGCCUACUCCCCAUGCGGGCAGCCAAGCGGCCCUACAAGACCUACAGCCAGGGAGCUCCAGAGGCCCCCCUUUCUCCAAACCUCAACACACCGGCCCCUGUGGCAAUGCCAGCCAGCCCACCACCCAGACCUCCACCUGUCCCAGAGCCUGGCCCCCCACCCUCUGUCAUCACCUUUGCUCACCCAGCCCCCUCUGUCAUUGUCCAUGGGGGCAGUAGCAGUGGUGGAGCGGGGGGUGGGCCGACCAGCACAGGAGGGUCCCAGGCCGCCUCGGUCAUCACUUACACUGCUCCCCCGAGGCCUCCCAAGAAACGGGAGUACCCACCUCCUCCCCCAGAGCCUGCAGCCACACCCACUAGCCCAGUCACAGUGGUCAGCCCAGCCACGGCUGCAGGGCCAGCCACGGCCACCGCCACAGAGGAGGCCAAGGGCCGGAAUCCACGGGCUGGGAGGACUCUGACUUACACAGCCAAGCCAGUGGGUGGGAUUGGCGGGGGCGGGGGUCCCCCUGCAGGGCCGGGCCGGGGCCCCUCUCAGCUACAGGCUCCACCUCCACUGUGUCAGAUCACUGUGCGAAUCGGGGAGGAGGCCAUUGUCAAGCGCCGCAUCUCAGAAACUGACCUUCGUCCUGGGGAGCUGAGUGGAGAGGAGGUGGAGGAGAGUGAGGACGAUGACGAGGAGGAGGAGGACGAGGAGGAGGAGGACGAGGAGGAAUCAAAGGCUAGUGGGGAGGACCAGCUCUGGAGGCCCUACUACUCGUACAAGCCUAAGCGCAAGCCUGGAGCUGCUGGAGGUGGCAGUGGUGGCAGUGGGCUGCCCCGAGGCCGCCGGCCACCACGCUGGAGGCAGAAGCUGGAACGGAGGAGCUGGGAGGAGACCCCAGCAGCCGAGAGCCCAGCAGGGCGUGCCCGCACAGAGCGGAGGCACCGCUGUGGGGACUGUGCCCAGACCUUUGCCACCCUGAGGAAGCUGCGAAAGCACCAAGAGGCCCAUGGUGGGGGCUCCCACAGCUCCCGGGCUGGACGGAGGCCUUCCACCCGCUUCACCUGCCCCCACUGCGCCAAGGUGUGCAAGACGGCAGCUGCUCUGAGCCGCCACGGGCAGAGGCACGCUGCUGAGCGGCCGGGGGGCACUCCCACACCUGUCAUUGCCUAUUCCAAGGGCAGCGCUGGCACCAGGCCUGGGGAUGUCAAGGAGGAGGCCCCCCAAGAGAUGCAAGUCUCCUCAUCCAGUGGGGAGGCAGGUGGCGGGAACGCUGCUGCUGAGGAAGCUUCCGAGACCGCCUCACUCCAGGACCCUGUCAUUUCAGGGGGUGAGGAGCCCCCAGUGGUGGCAGGAGGGGGCAACUAUGCGUACCCACCUGUGCAGGAAUUUCCACUGGCCCUCAUUGGGGGCAGCCGGGAUCCUGGCGGUGGCCGGGGGAAACUUGGGAGUGAGGGGCCAGGGGGUGCUGGUGAAGGGGACCGGAUAGAAGGGAUGGGGGCUGCCAAAGUCACCUUCUACCCUGAGCCCUACCCACUCGUCUAUGGCCCUCAGCUCCUUGCUGCCUACCCCUAUAACUUCAGCAACUUGGCCGCUCUCCCGGUUGCUCUCAACAUGGUCCUACCUGAUGAAAAGGGAGGAGGGGCCCUUCCCUUCCUACCAGGGGUCUUUGGCUACGCAGUGAAUCCUCAAGCAGCACCCCCUACUCCCCCAACACCACCACCCCCAACUCUUCCUCCACCAGUUCCCCCUAAGGGAGAAGGGGAAAGGAAAGGGCUUGAGAGAACCCAGAAGGGAGAUGUGGGGUGAGCUCUGGGACCAGGUCCCCCUUUCACCAGAUGCCACCCUCCCUGAACCCUCCACCACUACCAGCUCCCCGGCCUCCCUGCCCCUUGGGAGCCCCUCCACACUCUUGUGCAGGGACUUGGGGGCUCCUGGAGCUCAGGGGUCAGGCUGCUUUGUGUGAGAUUGUAGUUUUCCCAUCUCCUGGGAAGGGAUCUUUGGUGGUUCCCCUCUCAAGCUUCCUCCCAGGGAGUGGCCUCCAUGAGGGGCAGGGCCAGCUCCCAUCCUUUCUCCAGCCCUUGGGGCAACUGAGCAAUAUACUUAUCUGAAUCUCUACUCAUGGCCCCCACCAGCUCUGAAUGUCUAACCUGCUCCUCUGAUUUGUAAACCUAGGGGGAAACCAUCUCUCUCACCUAAUGAUCCCCCCUUGUUCUGAAGCUUUCUCUAAGCCCUCCCUCAGAUGCUUCCUAGCACAUUCCAUUCUUUAUGGCCCAGGGCCUGGACCAGACCAUUGUGAAACCUAAACCCACAUACCUGGGAGCGUGGCUUUGGAUUCCAUUCUUCCCAAGGGUGGGUUUCUCUGUCCCUGUCUCCUUUGCGUGAAGAUGCCAUGCCUUCUUUGGCUUCCAUGCCUUUGGAUCUUCCAUAUUCUUCCCCAUACCCCUAGACUUUGGAGAUGGCCUCUCCCAGUCCAGGUCAAGGAGGUGUUGGGGGGAGGGCUACCCCUCUGUUCAUGGCUGAGCACUUUCCCAGCCCAGGGCAGGGAAAUCUUGGCCUUAUCUUGACCCCCAAAUCCAGUGAGCCCCAGAUUCUUCCAAGGCAGAAGAGGUGAAUAGGUCACACCUCUUCCUGCCUCUACCUAUGGCCUCUUCUGGGCUAAACCAGAUUUGGGGGCCAGGAGGGAAGAGCUCCAUGUGGGAUGGAGAAGGGAAUCUACUUUCUCCCUGUUUUUUUUCCUGAUGGUUUCUCCCAGACUAGACCAAAUAGCCAGAAAAAAGAUGGGGGUUGGAUGGGUGGGUAAGCCCAAGAUUUGCACAUGACCUUCCAUCCUUACCUUUACCCUCAUCUUCCCUCACCAAUCACUCCAGAUGGUUUUGGGGGAACCAUUCUACUCUUCUGGUGGGCUUUGGGGUAUCCCCACCAACUUUCCCUCCAGAAUAGCACCUUAUACCCCACCUUUGACUCAGUUCCCCACACCCAAAGAUCCCAGCCUAGGGAUGGGGUACAGGGACCAUAGUCCCUAAUCCCUAAUUUGCACUAGUUAACCCUGGUCAGGGGUCCCUAUACUUCCUUCCAGUGGGGGAGAUGAAGAAAUGUUUGCUCCUAAUUCUCUUUGAAAACUGGGCCUCCCUGUUCUGUGAUUGGAUGAACAUUUCCCAUCCCACUCACCUCCCCACCAAAAAAACAGCUCACAAGGGAGAGCCUGUUUGGGGGAGCAAAUUUGACAAAUGGGAAUUAGAGGAGUGCAGUUUAAAAAGGGGAAAAGUUGCUGUCAUCAAAAUGGCAGCCUUUCCCCAGCUACUGUUUUUUGGGGCCAAGAUGGCUGCCCUUGCAGCAGUUGCUGGGAGGGCAAGAUCAUGGCUUCUGGAGGGAGGUGAGUUUAGAGAAGGGCCAGGAGCAUCCUCCUGCCCCCUCUUCCCCUCCCAGUCUACAGGAAAGGGGAAGUUUUUGACAGGCUCCCUGAAUGUUAACCAUGGAGGAGACACUCCUUCAUUCCUCUGUCUCUUUGCACUUUUCUUGGUCUUGGCCACAGCCUGAGUGAAGAAUUUCCUACUGAAUGUACCAAGUUCCAAUUUUUAAGGGGGCAAAAAGUUUCAAACAGGGAAAAAUGCAAAAAAAAAAAAAAAAAAAAAUCACUAAAAAUUCUCACAAAUCUUGUUUCUGGCACUUUAGAAAAACUGCGAAAAAAUACAUAAUAAAGAAUACAUAUAUAUCUACACACAAAUUAUAUAUAUCUAUAUAUACAGCGGAACCACAAGAGAGACUGAGGAAGGCCUAGAGGCAGGGGGCAGAUGUGAUGACAGUGCCCCUAUAUCCUUAACCUGUACUCCUCUGAGGCAAACAGGCAUGGGACAAUGGAAGGGGCUGAGGAUGGAUUGGGGAAUUUGAAUUUCAGAAUAGGUCAAAAUUCCAAAACUAUGGACACUUUGGGAGAAUUGAGAUUGUAGACAUUUAUUUUUUUUUUAAAUAUGAUUAAGGAAAAUAGUUUCCAGAAUUUGGUGGUUCUGGGCAACAAAUGAGAUAGUGGCUAAGUGGAGAUUAAAAUAUAUGUAUUUGAGCUGGGGAAUUUGAAUAUUGUGAGUUUCACAUGUUGGAAAUAUGGGAUUUUGCAGUUUCGUCUUUUGAAAAUGAUCAAGUCUUGUCAGUUUGUGCCGUCUUUCCCCAUGUUCCCUGGGAAGAAGGGUGACGGCAGAGUGGGAAGGCCACUGGUUCUGUGCCACAGCACGCAAGAUUUAGAAUUCUACAGACUCUAGCUCUAUACGUAGUGAGGACCCAGAUUUAGAGAAACUGACCAAUAUUUAUCUCCGCAUUUGUGUGUGUGUCCAACUCUCUAGGCCAAUAAACCAACAAGACAAACAAACUGCUCCACA